CAAUAGAGAUCUUGCAGUCACGUGACCGGAAAGUACACAGCCGCCAUCUUGUCGGUAAAAAACACAGCUGAAUACUGCUGCACUCGUGUACAGAAUGGAUCAAUUUCAACCGACGGACUACACGGCUCAUUUUUCUAAUGAACAGAUAACUAGAUAUAUGUCUAAAAUAAACGAUCUACAGAUUAGUGACCCUUAUGGCUUACCGGACGGAGUUUUCACGACCGUGUCAGUGGAUUUUGAACUGCCAGCGGAAUACCCAGACAUGUAUAAUUACCUCAUUAACUUUCCCUCGCUGUUCAGUGGUGAAGCACUGCGUGCUUAUAAAUCUCUGCACAGUUAUCUUUACAGAAAUUCAGGAUUUGUCAGCGACUCAGAUGUGGCAUCUUGUAAACAAGAAAAUAAUCCUCAUUGGAUGGAAAACUGAAGUAAUUGAGGAGGCCUUUGCAGGGAUGUUCAUGGACACGCCGGAAAAUGAACGGACCAAACUGACCAGCUGUUUAGGAGCUUUCCGGCAGUACUGGGGCUCGCUCCCUCAGGAGUCCCAUGAGCAGUGUGUGCAGUGGAUCGUACGCUUCAUCCACAGCCAACACAGCCCCAAACGCAUCUCCUUCCUCUACGACUGCUUAGAGAUGGCUGUGGAGACCAGCCUGCUACCGCCCAAAAUGGUGUGUCAGGCGCUGAUCGUCUCUGAAACCCUGGAGUGGGAGCGCACUCAGCUCUGGUCUCUGACCUUCAAACUCAUCCGGAAGAUAAUCGGCGGAGUGGAUUAUAAGGGUGUGAGGGACCUUCUGAAGGCUGUGCUGGAUAAAAUACAGACCACCCCAAACCUGGUCAGCUCUGCUGUGGUGCAGCAGCUCCUCCCAGCGCGAGAGGUGGUGGAGUAUAUCCUGGACAGGAACGCGUGUCUCCUGCCUGCUUAUUUCGCUGUGACUGAGAUCCGGAAGCUUUAUCCAGAGGGACAGCUCUCACACUGGCUUUUAGGCAGCCUGAUCUCCGACUUCGUGGACAGCUUCCGUCCCACUGCGAGGAUCAACUCCAUUUGUGGUCGCUGUAGCCUCCUGCCUGUGGUGAAUAACUCGGGAGCGAUCUGUAACUCAUGGAAGCUCGACCCUGCCACACUGCGCUUCCCUCUGAGAGGCAUGCUGCCCUAUGAUAAGGACCUGUUCGAGCCGCAGACGGGUUUGCUGAGGUACGUGUUGGAGCAGCCGUACUCCAGAGACAUGGUGUGCAACAUGCUCGGCCUCAACAAACAGCACAAACAGCGAUGCCCCGUGCUGGAGGAGCAGCUGGUCGAUCUGGUGGUGUACGCCAUGGAGCGCUCGGAGACGGAGGAGCAGUUCGACGACGGCGGGACCAGCCAGCUGCUGUGGCAACAUCUGUCCAGUCAGCUCAUCUUCUUCGUUUUGUUCCAGUUCGCCAGCUUCCCUCACAUGGUGCUCUCGCUGCAUCAGAAGCUGGCUGGGCGUGGUCUAAUUAAAGGCAGAGAUCACCUGAUGUGGGUUCUGCUGCAGUUCAUCUCCGGAAGCAUCCAGAAGAACGCGCUGGCUGACUUCCUCCCCGUCAUGAAGCUGUUCGAUCUGCUUUACCCCGAGAAGGAGUGUAUUCCUGUACCGGACAUCAACAAGCCGCAGUCCACACACGCCUUCGCCAUGACCUGCAUCUGGAUCCACCUGAACCGCAAAGCCCAGAACGACAACUCCAAACUACAGAUCCCCAUCCCCCACUCGCUCAAACUACACCACGAGUUUCUGCAGCAGAGCUUGCGCAACAAGAGCCUGCCCAUGACGGACUACAAGAUCGCGCUGCUGUGUAACGCCUACUCCACCAACUCGGAGUGUUUCACACUGCCCAUGGGCGUCCUGGUGGAGACUAUUUACGGGAACGGGACGGUACGCAUCACGCUGCCCGGGACCAACUGCAUGGCCUCAUGUUCCACCACACCGCUGCCCAUGAACCUGCUCGACUCGCUCACCGUCCACGCCAAGAUGAGUCUGAUCCACAGUAUCGCCACACGGGUUAUAAAGCUGGCCCAUGCUAAGUCCAGCAUCGCUCUAGCGCCGGCGCUGGUGGAGACCUACAGCCGCCUGCUGGUCUACAUGGAGAUCGAGUCGCUCGGCAUCAAAGGCUUCAUCAGUCAGCUCUUGCCAAAUGUGUUUAAGUCCCACGCAUGGGGUAUUCUUCACACGCUGCUAGAGAUGUUCAGUUACAGGAUGCAUCACAUCCAGCCUCACUACCGUGUCCAGCUGCUCUCGCACCUCCACUCGCUCGCUGCUGUUCCACAGACCAACCAGAACCAGCUGCACCUCUGUGUGGAAAGUACAGCUCUGAGGUUAAUCACAGCAUUGGGGAGCUCCGAAGUGCAGCCACAGUUCACACGGUUCCUCAGCGAUCCAAAGACGGUGUUGUCGGCCGAGUCGGAGGAGCUGAACCGAGCACUCAUCCUCACCCUCGCCCGCGCCACACACAUUACCGAUUUCUUCACGGGUUCUGACUCGAUCCAGGGAACGUGGUGUAAGGACAUUCUACAGACCAUCAUGAACUUCACGCCUCACAACUGGGCCUCACACACACUCAGCUGCUUCCCAGCUCCUCUGCAGGCGUUCUUCAAGCAGAACAACGUUCCUCAGGAGAGCCGCUUCAACCUGAAGAAGAACGUAGAGGAGGAGUACAGGAAGUGGAAGUCCAUGACCAACGAGAACGACAUCAUCACUCACUUUUCCAUGCAGGGUUCACCGCCACUCUUCCUCUGCCUGCUCUGGAAGAUGCUUCUAGAAACCGACCACAUAAACCAGAUCGGCUUCAGGGUUCUGGAGAGAAUCGGCGCUCGAGCUCUCGUCGCACACGUCCGGACAUUUGCCGAUUUCCUGGUGUACGAGUUUUCCACGUCGGCGGGCGGUCAGCAGCUGAACAAGUGCAUCGAGAUCCUGAAUGACAUGGUGUGGAAGUACAACAUCGUCACUUUGGACCGUCUCAUCCUCUGCCUGGCAAUGAGAAGUCAUGAAGGCAAUGAGGCUCAAGUGUGCUACUUCAUCAUCCAGCUCCUCCUCCUUAAACCCAACGACUUCCGCAACCGCGUCAGCGACUUUGUCAAAGAGAACGCACCGGAACACUGGCUACAGAGUGACUGGCACACCAAACACAUGUCCUACCACAAGAAGUACCCAGAGAAACUAUACUUUGAAGGUCUGGCGGAGCAGGUGAACCCUCCCAUGCAGCUCCAGCCACAGUAUCUGCCUAUAUACUUCGGCAACGUGUGUUUACGUUUCCUGCCCGUCUUUGACAUCGUCAUCCACCGAUUCCUGGAGCUACUGCCAGUUUCCAAGUCCUUGGAAACCCUUUUGGACCACUUGGGCGGAUUGUACAAGUUCCAUGAUCGGCCAGUGACGUACCUCUACAACACCUUGCACUACUACGAAAGGCACCUCCGUGACCGCACCAAUCUUAAACGCAAGCUUGUCCACGCCAUCAUGAGCUCUCUAAAGGAUAACCGUACUCCUGGAUGGUGCCUCAGCGAGACCUACCUCAAGUUUGGCAUGAACCCACGCGAGGACAACAUCUGGGUCCCUGACGACACCUACUACUGCAAACUCAUCGGGCGUCUUGUGGACACGAUGGCAGGAAAAUCUCCAGGCCCUUUCCCAAACUGCGACUGGCGGUUUAACGAGUUCCCAAACCCGGCAGCACACGCGCUUCACGUCACAUGUGUGGAGCUGAUGGCCCUUGCCGUGCCAGGGAAGGACGUGGGAAACGCACUGCUGAAUGUAGUGCUCAAGAGUCAGCCACUCGUCCCCCGGGAGAACGUGACCGCUUGGAUGAAUGCGAUCGGCCUGAUCAUCACGGCUCUACCUGAGCCGUACUGGAUCGUACUACACGACCGCAUCGUUAGCGUGAUUAGCAGCCCCGCGCUAACAUCGGAGACCGAGUGGGUCGGUUAUCCCUUCCAGCUCCUGGACUUCACGGCGUGCCACCAGUCCUACUCUGAGAUGUACUGCAGCUACGUGCUAGCGCUAGCACACGCCGUAUGGCACCACUCCAGCAUCGGACAGCUUUCUCUCAUCCCCAAGUUUCUGUCGGAGGUCCUGAAGCCGCUGGUCAAAACCGAAUUUCAGCUGCUCUAUAUCUAUCACCUGGUUGGGCCUUUUCUCCAGCGCUUCCAGCAGGAGAGGACACGCUGCAUGCUCGAGAUUGGGGUAGCGUUCUAUGAGAUGCUGCAGGCCGUUGAUCACCACAGCAAGCACCUGGCGUACAUGGACCCCAUCUGUGACUUCCUGUACCACAUCAAGUAUAUGUUCACAGGAGACAGCGUCAAAGACCAGGUGGAGAAAAUCAUCUGCACACUGAGGUCAGCCAUGAAGCUUCGCCUCCGUUUCAUCACACACACAAGCAAGAUGGAGCCUGCCACAGCCGUCGUCACGGCAGCCUCCGCCUCCCAGCCCACCACGGUGUCCUCUCCUGCCCCUCAAACUGGAAGCGGACCUUCUAGUAUCCCUCUCUCAGUUCCCCAGUGAUCCUCGGCCAUGUUUCGUAAUCACCUCUCUAACCCUGACGUCCAUCUUUGUGUUUCCCACGGACCAUCAAUCCACCAUCACCGACCUUGCUUUUUAUCCCCAGACCUGUCAGUAUUUUACGUCGGAACGAUGUAUUUUAACAUCAGAGUGCACUGCUAUGAGGCAUCACUCAAAUAUGGAAGUAAAAUUUAUAACUUCUUAUCAUGUCAUUAAAUGUGUAUAGAGGCAUUACGAAUAAAAAUAAAGCUUGGAAGAGAGUAGCAGAGAUUGUUGGUGCCUUUGGCGAGUGUACGUAGCUAGUACGGUUGGCUAAUCUCAUUUGAGAAUGAAGCUAGCACUAGGUACGUUAUACGUAAACCAAAUUUCAAUACAUUUUAAGCAAAAGUGGUGCGUAGAAAUUGUAUAAUGGAACGUAGUUAGUAUACAUUUUGGUUUCUUGACAGGUCACGCCCGCAAGUGACGACAGUAGCGAUUGAUGCAUGCUCAUAAGAGACAAAGUGCAAAUGAGUUUUGACUUGUCACUCGCUAACCACCUAUUUGAAGUUGGCAGGCGGCAGUUCUCUUUAUGUUCGCCUCUGGUCUCAACAUUCCUCUGUUCCCCACUAACCUUUCAAUCUUUUCCUAUUUGACCUCCUACCAUUUCUCUAUCCUGUCCAUCCAAUUACCCCGGCACCUGCAUUUUCCACUGCCUCGUAACCCCUCAGACGAUUACUUGGCCCUGUCCUGGUCGGCAGGUAAGUGAUAGAUCAGUUAAAACCAGGACUCGACAGUUUCCGGCACUCUGUGAAAUAUUUUGUUGAUUUAAAUAUGUAUGGAAUGACCUUAAGAGAGGGGAAGAAAACAGUCAGAGCUGUGAUCUGGCUGAAAAACUGAGAUCGACCCCACAAGCAUUCUUGGCUCUAUGUAGAAUCCAAGCGAGUGGAAUUCUUGCCACAAACGCUAGAUUGAGUCCAAGCUGCUGGCGGAAUACGAGUUUCAACUUUGCAAGCAAACUGAGCCCUUUCUUUAACUAGAACUUGGCAGGAAAUCAUGGAAGAAUGAUUCUUGGAAGCCUUUCCAGAUUGUUUAGCAGGGUGGGAAUAUCUGUUAGCAAUCGAACUGUGAAGAUGAGUUCAUUAAAAGUGUACUUCCCCCAAAAUGGUUGCUAAUAACAGUGAAGUCAGUUAGGUCAAAUUAUACAGCAUAAUGCUAACACUUACACUACCGUUGAAAAGUUUGGGGUCACUUUGAAAUGUGCUUAUUUUUGAAAGAAAAGCACUGUUCUUUUCAAUGAAGAUCACUUUAAACUAAUCAGAAAUCCACUCUAUACAUUGCUAAUGUGCUAAAUGACUAUUCUAGCUGCUGGUUUUUGGUGCAAUAUCUCCAUAGGUGUAUAGAGGCCCAUUUCCAGCAACUCUCACUCCAGUGUUCUAAUGGUACAAUGUGUUUGCUCAUUGCCUCAGAAGGCUAAUGGAUGAUUAGAAAACCCUUGUACAAUCAUGUUAGCACAGCUGAAAACAGUUGAGCUCUUUAGAGAAGCUAUAAAACUGACCUUCCUUUGAGCAGAUUGAGUUUCUGGAGCAUCACAUUUGUGGGGUCGAUUAAAUGCUCAAAAUGGCCAGAAAAAUGUCUCGACUCUAUUUUCUAUUCAUUUUACAACUUAUGGUGGUAAAUAAAAGUGUGACUUUUCAUGGAAAACUACACAAAAUUGUCUGGGUGACCCCAAACUUUUGAACGGUAGUGUAUGUGGGCUUGUGUGAUUUGACUACAUUAGCAUUUCCUGGGUGAGCUAUUCAUCUGUAACUAAGAAUGACCAUAUAACAGGAAGUAAACCUGUGCAUGGACUAAACCGUUAAUGAUGUUGCGUUAACUAUCAAUGGACAUUUCAAAAGAUGAUGCUGAGGUUCUGUGUGUCUUUUUUUAAAUGUAAAGCAUUUGAAAUUUGUAAGCAUGACGACUGUAUAGUAUUUUUUUUUUUGUCUCCCUUUCUUGAUCUAAAAAUAAAAACGGUGUUUUCCAUGAA